CUCUUUUAUUUUCUUUGCGCUUUAACUACAUUUCCCAUGAUUCCCUUCCUAACUUCCGACGGAUAUAAAGCGUGUGUGAUUGCGGCAUCGAGACCCGGGGAUGUGAGGAUGCUGCGCAGGAAACCCACGCGCCUGGAGCUGAAGCUGGAUGACACGGAGGAGUUUGAAAGUGUCAAGAAAGAGCUGGAGAGUCGAAAGAAACAGAGGGAUGAGGUGGAUGUAGUUGGUGUCGCCACAUCCAGCGAGAUGAGCGGCGCAUCAGGUGGCGGCACGGACGGGAAGACCAGGGAGCAGAUGAUCCACGAGCGAAUCGGUUACAAACCCCACCCAAAGCCUAACACGUUACCGUCACUUUUUGGGAACCUUCAGUUUUGACAAUGUGCAAACAUGAAAUAGACUGAAAGCACAAGCACUCUGGGUUUGGUUAACUGUGUGUUCGUGAUAACUGAUUACAGAGGACUAUUUUUCUGCUCAAAUAAAUAAAAUCUUGUUAGUUGGAUGUGGAAAA